GUUGUGCCAUACGGCGCACGAACAAAACGCGUUGUCGUCACGAGAUAAGAAUUUUUCGUCAGAUCUGAGAAACGCGACUCCAAUAUAAAUGCCGGUGUGCGUGUACGGGAAUACUACUUUGAUGUACUAAGAAAGAUGUUACGGAGCUUCGCUUCAUGCCUUCUCCUUCUCGGAGGUUUCGCAUUCUUCCUGGUACGGCCGGCUUGUCCUUUCAGACCCCGGAUCGUGGGUGGCACGAUAACUGACAUAAGGCAGCAUCCUUAUCAGUUGAGCCUCCAGCGCAAAUUGAUGCACGUGUGCGGGGCCUCUAUCAUCAGUAAUAAAUGGGCUGUCACGGCAGCUCAUUGCGUCAGCAAGAUCGAGCCGACUGGCGUUUACUCACUCAAUGCGGGAAAUAACAACAAGUACAAAGGCGUUUAUUAUAAAGUUAAAAGGAUCGUUCAACAUCCCAGUUACGAUGCUCUCACGAUAGAUUACGAUAUUGCCCUUCUCGAGGUCGAUGGCGAAAUCACAUUUAACGAUAAUGUGCAGCCAGUGAAGCUGGCGGAAAAAGAACCCCCGGCUGGCGCUAUGAUGAACGUUACCGGAUGGGAUGUGGCAAAGACAAAUUCAGUACCAAAACGAAUACUAAUGAAAGUGUCGAUUCCAAUUGUGGAUCGUAAAAAGUGUCAAAACGCAUACAGAUAUAUGCGCCCUGUCACUGACAGAAUGAUCUGUGCGGGCUACGACGAGGGUGGAAAGGAUUCGUGCCAAGGUGAUUCGGGCGGGCCUCUCACCGCCAAUGGAACCCUUUACGGGAUCGUGUCCUGGGGAUAUGGAUGCGCAAUACCGAAUUAUCCCGGUGUUUACACCAAUGUCGCCGACAUUCGCUGGUGGAUAAAAUGGAUCAGUGGAAACAAAAUGUCCAAAAAACUCGUUCUCUUCUUCUGCGUUCUUCUGGCAUACACCGUUAAUGCCGAAAGACACCAAUACGCGAACAUCGAGGAUUACCCGUACCAAGUAUCGAUCCAGAUAGACGGGUGGCACGUGUGCAGCGGUGCAUUCAUACACGAGUCGUGGAUUCUGACCACGGCAUCCUGCGUUUUCACAGAGAAUUUGUCGAAGAUAUCCGUACGUGUUCGUUCUUCCUACGUUUCCAUGGCCGGCGACGUGUUAGAAAUAAGCAAUAUCGUGAUACAUGAAAAAUUUGAUAAAUACGUAUACUUCAACGAUAUAGCAUUGAUAAAGCUAAGGACUCCCGCGGAGUUCGGAGCGAAGCUGCUUCCCGUUGAGCUUCCAGAGAAAGGAGAGGAAGUCAAAGAUGAAACACGCUGCGUCGUGACUGGCUGGAAACGAUCUCAGGGAACCGGAAAUCAACUCGCGGCGGCCGCUGUGGCGAUCGUAAAUCAACAUACGUGCAGGGUGAAAAUGCCGAGCCUCAAGCCGCUGUCUAAGGAGAUGCUGUGCGCCGCUAACGCGACCUGUCCGUCGGAGGUGUGUCAGGGUGAUCGGGGCGCGCCUCUAGUUUCGAAGCAGACGCUGAUUGGCAUUCUAUCCUACGGAUUAGGAUGCGAGACCAGAACACAUCCCGGUGUCUAUACUCGUAUCAGCAGCUACUUGCCCUGGAUCUUUGCGAACUCUGGUAUCCGCUACAAAUGAGACAAUCGCACGCGCGAUCACAUCGCACCAAAAUCCCAAUUAAUUGUACGCCAGAUUAUAAUAUCGUGUUAUCAAU